GGGUAAACAGCCACUGGAGCACAGUUCACUUACAAAUUUUGCACUGGUGAAAUCUUAUUGUUCACACAAUGGGGAACCUCAGCUUGAUACUGGGUGUAUUCUGCACUCUCUGUUGGGUCUCCGUGUCAGUUUUUGAGUUUCACACUGUGGUGGUUCAGCCCAGUGAAGAAGUCACACUGCAGUGCUCCAACUUUUGCAGUUUCCCCGCUCACGUAUUCUGGUUCAAACUUGCUAAUGGAUCCAACAGCACCCCUAUCUCAUCUAUGAUCACUUCUGAAUCUAAAGUUUAUUUACGAGAAGGAUUUCAAAAUGGUAAAUUUACUAUGACAUCCAACAGAACAGACCUCUUUCUGAGCAUCAAAUGGGUGGAUUUUUCAGACUCUGGGCUAUAUACCUGUGGAACUAGUCCAGAUAUAUUUAGUGCAACAUAUUUACAAGUUCAAGUAGAUGUGUUUUUUGUUCCCUUUUGGAUCGUGUGUGCUGCAUCUGUCUUCCUCUUAAUACUUGUCAUCUGUCUGGUUGCAAAGAUUAGAAGAGUUCAAACAGCUCAAGCUGACAGUAAGACUCAACAACAGAACAAGAACCCAGACUCUGAUACCCUGAACUACGCAGCUCUGAAUUUCCAUCCCAAACCAAAAAGGAACAGACUGGCUGAGGCAGAGGACGUGCUGGAGACAAAUGUAGUGUAUGCUGCGACAAGAUAGACUGGCCGUAGGAUAGUGACAGCGUCAAGUGGAAUGCUGUUACCAUUUUAAUAUAUUCAGCAGUUUGUUUGUGGGAUCUUGUAUGUUUGAGGUAGGGCUAUGAUGUUGCAAAUCUGUCCAUCUCUUUACUA